UGGAAGUAGUAGUAGCAUCAUCUUCCUGCCUCCCACCCACGCGCCAUUUUUAAUCCGCGGAGAGAGGGAAGCCGCGCCGCGCCGCACCCCACCCCGCCCCGCUCCACUCGGCUGCCCCGCCCUGGCGCCGUCCUCGGGGAAUGCGACCGCGCGGCCGACCAUGCCUCGCGCCGCGCCCGGGCUAGGGUUCCCCAUUGCCAUCGACCCAGCGCCCGAGCGCCGCCACCCUCCGUCCUCCCGGCGGAAGAAGCCGCCGCCGCGCCGAAGGCGCCCCGCACCGCCGCCUCCACCCGCGCCGCCGGUGGGGCCACGCGGUGCAGCCGAUCCAGAUCCGGGCCUCCUCCACCACCUCCACCCCCGCGGCGGCAGCCACGCCACAGCUCCCAGAGACGAGGACGACGGCGACGAGGAGGAGGGGGGCUACGACGCGGCCGGCUUGGAGGAGGCGGCCGCCGGCGACUCCUUCUCCCACUCGCUGAAAGAGUGCCAGAAGCAGCUGCAGCUCAGGGCGGAGGCGCGGCCGGCGGCGGCCGCGCAUGAGCUCGGCAACGGCGACGCGUUCGGGGGGAUCGAGCUGCUCGUUCUCUCGCCCAGGUGCUUGCUCGGGGCUGCCGUGGGAGGGAUGAGCAAGAGCUCGACCGCGUCGUCCAGAAGCAGAUCAGGCACGUUUCCGAGCCCCGGGACGCCCAACUACCACCGGCAUUGCCCUGGCAACAUGCAGUACCCCAAGGGCUGGAGCUCGGAGCGGGUGCCGCUGGGGGCAGGUGCCAACAGGAGGUAUGGGGGCAGCGGGGUCGUGCUCCCUUUCAACAAUGGGAGGAAGCUGCCGUCGAAAUGGGAGGACGCCGAGAAGUGGAUCCUGAGCCCGGUCUCCUGUGAUGGGAUGGGGAGGAUGUCGGCACCGGCGCCGCAUCAUAGACGGCCAAAGUCCAAGAGUGGGCCGCUUGGUCACCCUGCUGGUGUUCCAGGAGCUUAUGCAUCUGUUUCGCCGAUGAUUCCCUGCUUCGAUGGUGUUCUGGCCGCCGCUAAUUUUGCGGCUCAUUCGCCUUUCUCUGCUGGGGUUCUCAUGCCAGGGCAUGCGCGCAACGGCGACUUCAGCAGUGGAAGAGCCAGAAGUGGGGAUGAUGGAAGCAGUAGGUCGUAUUCGGCUGAGAAGGAGCCCUAUAUUUGGAGAUCAGCAAGUACGCAUGCGUGGACAGAAACACUUAUGGAGGCAUCUGCCUUUGCUCAUAUCUCAGAGGAAGCUGCACAAGAUGAUGUCUUACAAGGUCCACAGGGAGCAACUCCUGUGAUUUCCAGUCCAAUCAUAAAGAAAGAUGUUGCCACACAAAUGAGUCCUGAUGACAGUAUAAUAUCGUCCUCCCCAAAAGCAAGGCAUUCCUGCUCCAGCUUGCCGUCAGGACAUGCUAUUAGAGAAUCAAAUAGUCAUACACCUAAGGUUGAAGUUAGGGAUGUGCAGGUAGAUGAUCAAGUAACUGUUACCCGGUGGUCCAAGCGACAUGUAACACGAGGCUCUGAUAAGCGAUCAACAAAUAUUGUUGAAUGGAGGAAGAAGACUACAGAAGCCCGGGCACCAUCUUUUGAUGAAAAAGAAAGAGAAAGAUGCAUAUCAAAGUGCAAGAGAGAGGAAGCAAAGAUCACUGCUUGGGAAAAUCUGCAGAAAGCAAAAGCAGAGGCAGCAAUUCGGAAGUUGGAGAUGAAGCUUGAAAAGAAAAGGUCAUCAUCGAUGGAUAGAAUUUUGGGCAAACUACGUUCUGCUCAAAAGAAAGCACAAGGCAUGCGCACUACAGUUUCUGUGAGCGAGGAUCAGUGUGCUGUCAGUGAAGAUCAGUGUGCUGUGAGGGCAACCAAGAAGGCAUCCUUGAGAAGGACUAGCAAGCCUUUCAGCUGCUGUUUCACCUACCAUGCUUGCUAGUUGUGAUAUGGUUGGUAUCUACAAUGAUUGUAGAAACAUUUUGAACCUUUGCAGCUCAAGUCAGCCGACCGACAAACCGAAGUUUGACUGCAAAUGUUCGCCGUUGCAGCUGGAGAUAGCAGGAGUAGUUAGAAGAAGAGAGCUUUGCGUGGUCUGAUGAAUGAAGCACUCGACCGGAGUGUCAGAAAAUCGAAGCAUUGGAGCAGAGCCCACUCUUGUAGCUGAUGAUAUGGAGUAGUUCACUCGGUACUCUGUAUCUGUAAACCAAGCAAGUGCUGUAGAUCAGGAAGCUCCCUUCUCGAGCUUUUCUCUAGUUGAACUCCGGACGGACUGAUCGGGCCGGUUCUCGUGGGCUGCCUGAUGAUGUGUACUGUAUCUUUCCCGUGGAAUUCUGUAUGUAGUUUCAAGCAUUGGGGCUCCAGUGUCAAAUGCUGGAUUCAUUGAA